ACCUGUGCCCCAAAGAUGAGGGCCCAGGAGGACCCUGAGGGCCAGACGCAGCAUGAGUCCCUGGGCUCAGCAGGGACCUCCACGAAGGACCCCCCGACGGCCCUGUGCACAGAGCCCAAGUCUGACAUGUUGUACAAGAUCGAGGAUGUGCCGCCCUGGUACCUGUGCGUCCUGCUGGGCUUCCAGCAUUACCUGACCUGCUUCAGUGGCACCAUCGCUGUGCCCUUCCUCCUGGCUGAGGCGCUGUGUGUGGGCCGUGACCAGUACAUGGUCAGCCAGCUCAUUGGUACCAUCUUCACCUGUGUGGGCAUCACCACCCUCAUCCAGACCACACUGGGCAUCCGGCUGCCACUGUUCCAGGCCAGCGCCUUUGCAUUUCUGGUCCCAGCCAAAGCCAUCCUGGCCCUGGAGAGAUGGAAAUGUCCUCCAGAAGAGGAGAUCUAUGGUAACUGGAGCCUGCCCCUGAAUACCUCUCAUAUUUGGCACCCACGGAUACGAGAGGUCCAGGGUGCAAUCAUGGUGUCCAGUAUGGUGGAGGUGGUGAUUGGGCUGAUGGGGCUGCCUGGGGCCCUGCUCAGUUACAUCGGGCCUCUUACAGUCACCCCCACUGUCUCCCUCAUUGGUCUCUCUGUCUUCCAAGCUGCUGGUGACCGAGCUGGCUCCCACUGGGGUAUCUCAGCUUGCUCCAUUCUCCUGAUUGUCCUCUUCUCCCAGUACCUGCGAAAUCUCACCUUCUUGCUGCCUGUCUACCGCUGGGGAAAGGGCCUCACUCUCUUCCGCAUCCAGAUCUUCAAGAUGUUUCCCAUCGUGCUAGCCAUCAUGACCGUGUGGCUGCUCUGCUAUAUACUGACCCUGACGGACGUGCUGCCCUCAGACCCCACAGCCUAUGGCUUCCAGGCACGAACAGAUGCCCGAGGGGACAUCGUGGCUAUUGCUCCCUGGAUCCGCAUCCCCUACCCCUGUCAGUGGGGACUUCCCACAGUGACUGCGGCUGCUGUGCUGGGAAUGUUUAGUGCCACAUUAGCAGGCAUCAUUGAGUCCAUCGGAGAUUACUAUGCUUGUGCCCGCCUGGCUGGCGCACCACCCCCUCCAGUGCACGCUAUCAACAGGGGUAUCUUCACCGAAGGCAUCUGUUGCAUUAUCGCAGGGCUGCUGGGCACGGGCAACGGGUCCACCUCAUCCAGCCCCAACAUUGGUGUCCUGGGGAUUACCAAGGUGGGUAGCCGGCGCGUGGUGCAGUAUGGUGCGGGUAUCAUGCUGGUCCUGGGCACCAUUGGCAAAUUCACAGCCCUCUUCGCCUCGCUCCCUGACCCCAUCCUAGGGGGGAUGUUCUGCACCCUUUUUGGCAUGAUUACAGCUGUGGGGCUGUCUAACCUGCAGUUCGUGGACAUGAACUCCUCCCGCAACCUCUUCGUGCUUGGAUUUUCCAUGUUCUUCGGGCUCACGCUGCCCAAUUACCUGGACUCCAACCCGGAUGCCAUCAACACAGGCAUUCCUGAAGUGGACCAGAUUCUGACUGUGCUGCUGACUACGGAGAUGUUUGUGGGUGGGUGCCUCGCUUUCAUACUGGACAACACAGUGCCAGGAAGCCCAGAGGAACGAGGUCUGAUACAGUGGAAAGCUGGGGCCCAUGCCAACAGUGAGAUGUCUACCAGCCUGAAGAGCUAUGACUUUCCCAUCGGGAUGAGCAUGGUAAAAAGAAUUGCCUUUCUGAAAUACAUUCCUAUCUGCCCAGUCUUCAAAGGAUUUUCUUCAAGGUCAAAAGACCAGCUUCCAGUUCCAGAAGAUACCCCACAAAAUACAGAAACUGGGUCUGUGUGCACCAAGAUCUGAAAAACUGCGCCCAGGAAAGGUAGCAUGGUAUAUAAGAGGAAAAGAAAACUGCAUGGGGAGUCAGAAGACCUAAGUUGGAAUCCCAGCUCUGCUAACUAACUUCUUAUAUAGGCCUGGAUAAGUCACUCUCUGGGACUUCAUUUUUGCAUCAGUUAGGGGAAGACUGGGCCAAAGCCUCUAAGAGCGUGAGAGACUUGUACCACCAUUAUUUUGUAUUUCUAAAUCUUUACUUUCCUAAGCAGAUGUGUCAGCAUAUAGGGAAUGGCUGGAAAUUUUCCUCUACCACAUCUCUGAAUGCAAGUUGAUCAAGAAAAAAAGAAACCAGGACGAUUCCAGGGCCUGAAAUGGUAGGCAUGCUGGCAGGAUUUCAGAUUGAAUCUGAGCCCCCAAUAUCACUUACUUCAAGACCAAAGCAUAUUAAACAACAUGUUGGAGCAAUAA